UCGCGACUUGCGGAGAUAAACCGCUCCAUGUCUUCCCCAGAUCCGCCACAGAUCCCUCAUACAACGGACCAGAUAGUGCCUUCAUCAUGGUCCCCGACGUACCCUACCGCGCUAGAAUCGUUCUCGAUGUCUCCGAACGCUUCGACAAUGUACCAUGCCCAGACGAGCCCGAGCCAUCUGCACCCAUCCCACGUGCAGAAAGAGGACGCGUGGGUUCAUCAUGCCCCAACCCAUGCAAGUAUGGACCGCGCAUAUGACCAGCACAUGCCACGGCUUGACAUCCCGGGCCAGAUCGAGCCAUCUUGGGCGCCCGGCGUUCCUGCGAUGAAUCAGCAGCAAGUCAGCUCAGCACCCCCUGGCACGGGGUUUCCCUGCAUCCAUUAUCCAGAGGGACGCGAACGAGACCGCAUUCGCUCCCGCUCGUACCAUCCAAUGUGGUCAUGGGGACAUGAAUCAGGUCACUCGUUAUACCAGGAAUAGAUGCUCCUUCAAUUCAUCAUACGCACCUGUAGCGCUUCGUUUCCAAAGGACUCGGCACUCACCGUAGACUCUAAUGCCAGACACAAUUCGCUGUACGGUUUCUCGCGAAUCUGCGCAAUUACGACCACGUCACGGGCUCGUAUUAGUUACCUUUCAAAAUGCUGACGACUUGAACAGUGCCGGCGAGGACGUCACCGUCGGGCCAGCACACGUAGGGCCGCACGAUAGAUAGUUCUUAGAGAUUCGAAACCAUCUGUAAGAUGGGCAGUGCCAGAUGAUCCUGAUAUGAUCUAUUUAAGCGUUGCCGGCGGUCCUC